AUGCGUGGAAAGAUUAUUCUCGAAGAACAUGUCUGCAUGCCAGAGGAUGACCCGGUCGAGAAACUGCGGUUUGCAUCACGGAAUUCCAAAGAUUUGGCAGAAGCACUCCUCGAGAUCCAUGGAUCCCGGCUAGAUGAAAUGAACGCCAACGGUGUGGAGAUGGCGGUCAUGUCCCAGAAUCCCCCCGGCGCUCAAGGUAUCAGAGAUCCCAAGGCCGCCGAAGCAUACGCCACGAGGUCCAACAACUAUAUCGCAAACCUCGUGGAUAAAGCACCCGAAAGGUUUGCUGCUUUUGCCGGAGUUUCGAUGCAUAACCCACUCGCUGCAGCCUCUGAGCUGACGCGGUGUGUGAAGGAGUUGGGCAUGGUUGGCGUCAUGCUUCACGAUGCUCAGGAGUAUCUUGACGUAAAUGGAGAGGUCAAGGAGCGGUUUUACGACGAUCCCAAGUACGACACGUUUUGGGCGACUGUUGAGUCGUUGAACAUUCCGAUUUACCUCCACCCUAAACCACCCAUCCCACAGGAAUUCCUGCGACUCUACCAGAGCAGGCCGUGGCUCGUGGGUCCCACGUUCAGCUUUACGAUCGACUCGAGUUUUCACGCGUUGGCGCUUUGUACUGGUGGUUUGUUUGACCGCUUCCCAAAACUCCAAAUGAUUUUGGGCCACAUGGGUGAGCUUCUGCUUGGUCAACUAGGCCGGAUAGACCACUGGCUCGAGAAGCGGGAUCGAGGACGAGGCCUUCCUGCGGAGAAGACACUCCGUGAGUAUUUGGAGAAUAACGUCUCCAUCACCACAGCAGGCUAUUUCUGUACGCCUCCGCUUUUGAAUGCUAUCACGGAAAUCGGUGUCGACCGUAUCCUCUUCUCGGUCGACACGCCGUAUGAGAACAUCACAGAAGGGUCGAUGUGGUUGGACACGCUUCCCAUGAAUCAAGCCAGCAUCGAGCAGAUCGGCAGAACGAACGCGCUCAAGCUGUUUCCACAACUGCAAGCCCGUCUGCGUUCUUCGGAUGUUGAAGCACUUCAGCAGGAUAGGAACCGUGUUUUGUUCACCACAAAUCCAGGCUUUGAGACCCCAGGAGAAAAGUGCUCACAGAAUAGAACAUCACACAUGUGA